AUGUUCAAGUUGGUGGUGUUGCUUUCCGUGGCAGCCAUGGCGGCGGCCAAGCCCAGCGUGGUAGCGUACAGCUCCGUGAUACCCGGCUCCAGCUCGGUAUCACAGUACAGCUCCAGCGUGGUUCACGGUUCACCUGCUGUGUACAGUGCCCCAGCCGUGUACAGCGGCCCCGCCGUCUACAGCGUACCCUCAGUAUACAGAUCACCCGCGGUCUACAGUUCAUCCGUGUACAGCGGUCCCGCUGUGGUACCUGCUGUCGCCGGUCUGUCGCAGGGUCAUAAUCAACCAGCUGUCGUCUUGGAUGCUAUAAACGGCGUGCCCCUCGACACACCUGAAGUAGUUGCCGCACGCGCUGCACACUACACUGCCAAGGCCCUGGCACCUUACCACCACCUACGCAAGCGGUCUGUUGUCUCUCCCUUGUCAUACAGCGCAGUCGUGUCUCCGGUAUCUUAUGGCAGUCCCCUAGUGUCUGCAUACUCCGCCGGCCCGGUUGUGUCUGCUUACUCUACACCCGUGGUAGCUCCAGGUUACGGUUACGGCUACCCCUCCUUAUACUCCAGGGCUUACGGCUUGCACCCUUACUAA